GUGUGUGUGUAUCAUAAAUAAGUGUCUGAUGAAGUGUGUUAGGCUUGUCAGAAUCAAAACAUUGCAAAGCAAUCACUCUACUUCUUAUUGAGACAGAAAUCAAACAUAUUGUGCCAGCAAAUGAAAUGAAGGACUCUGAUGGCCAGAAAGAUUUGUCUCAUGGUAUCAAUUGGAUAUACUAUUUGGGGAUUCAUCAUGUGUAUUUUUGUUCAACCUAUAUGAGAAUAUCACUCACUACACGAGAAUACAAUGACUAGUUUGAGAAAACAGGUAAUAACAUGGAUAAAAUCCUACACGUAUCUGUGGGAUGGUAGCUGGCUUAAUGUAUAUGCUUUGGAUUAUGGAGAGAGGGAGUGUAGUGUAGGUGAAAAUAUGUAAUCUUCUGUCCAAAAAUGAUGCUCUAUGUAGAGCACAUUGCAGCAUGUUUCUCCGUUUUCUAUUUGUGAACAUGCACUUGUGGUAGUGAGCCUGAAAUAGAAACCGGAAUCACAGACAGACGCUCAAGCACACAUACCCCUUUGCUCACCUAGCUCUCUGCGACUCUGUUUCCGUUCACCACUGUUGAUACAGUAUCUGUCUCACCCUCUCAAACUCUCUUACUUUCUCACAGAUUUCCGGGGUUGUAAUCGUAUCACACUUUUAAAAACCUCCUCAUAUCAAAAACACAUCCUUUAUUUAACCAGUAAUACAUGAGGCCUGUCAAAAGUAAAAAUUGCGAAAACAAAGAAGAUCCUAAACAUAGUUUUUCUUUCUUUUCCCAACCCCUCCUCUGCAGGUUUUCCUGAGCACCCUCUGUCUGUGAGUGUGUGUCUGAGUGUGUGUGUGUCUUAGUGUGUGUGUUAUGGCCUCUGGGACGGACGACCCAUACCGUAAGAUGCUAAUGCUAGGGGCCAUCGCCGCGGCGUCAGCCUUCGUGGUCACAAUCUUCAUCGUGGUGGUCUGCGUGGGCUGCCAGAGGAAAAACAAGACCAAACAUCCUGUGUCCAAUGGAGAGAAGGGCACCUCAGUAGAAAUGGGUGCUCUCCGUCAGCCCAAGAACAGUUCCAUGAGUAAAUCUGACACCAGGCUGCAUGAGAUCAACCGCCUGCCCUGCAACGGCAACAGUGGGGGUCGUCCAGCCAGUAUGGACCUGCUCCUCCUCCACAGCCGUCGCUCCACGUCUGACCUCCGCCCACCCCUGGUCCGCCAGCUUCCCCAGAUCCCCAACAGACCAGUGGGGAAGGGAGACCCCGAGGGGGGAGACAUUCGGGGGGGAGGAGGAGACGGGGUCAGAGACCACACCUACACUGAGGUGGGAAUCCGGAACUCACCCGUCCGUUGCCUUGAUGAUGGGCUGUAUGAGGUUGUAGGGGUUCGAGAGGCAGACACGGUGCCCCCCGCUCCCCCUCCCACGUCGGCCAACACCCCGGCAACACUAAGGGCUUCACAGAGCCCCAAUGGGACCCGCACCAACGUGGUGCGAAAUGGGAAUGGAAAUGGGAAUGGGAAGGGCAGAGGGAACGACAGAGGGGCUGUUAAUGGCUGUAGCACUCUUGGUAGAGGAGGAGGGAAGGGGCCCAAUGGUGCUAACGGUGUUAACGGAUCUAGCGGCUCGCUCUUGUCCUCCCUUCCCUCCCUGGCCAUUCAGGACCCAGUAACGGCAGAGUACGCCUCCAUCCGGAAGGUCAAGAAGGUGAACAAGGCAUCGAAGAACGAGAUAGGGAACACAGAGUCAGAUGACCAAUCAAGCGUCCAAUCAAGUGUGGGAGAGUCACCCUCUGCCCCGCCCCCUCUGCUGCCCCGCAGCCAGGAGGUUCCACGGAAACAGCUGGAGCCAUUCCACCUGCACGUCUUCCCGAAGGAGACGGUAUUCAUGGGGAAUGGGGAACAGUACAUCUGGAAGCCCCCAGAGGAUGAUGACAUCAUCACCCUGCACCGAGCGCCUGCACCCCCGGGGGAGAACGGCCAGGGAUACACACCUACAGCCAUGGAGAUCACAGAAACCUACUCCACCGUGUGUAAACCACAGAAGAAGAAACCUUCCCCAGACCACAGCGCAGCCAAGACCCUCCCCCGCAACCACUGCUCUGGGGGGAAGAAUGGAGGAGGUAGGGGAGGAGGAGCAGGAGGGAAUGAGGGAGGGAACGGGGCAUGGGGUGGCGGUCGGGGGAUCCAGGGUGGCCAGGCCCGAUCCCAUGAGGAGCCCUGCUACGAGCCCAUCGGUGACAGGUCCUGCCCCCCCUGUGUGGUGGCCGAGUCGGACCCGGCGUACGCCACUAUCGACUCCCACCGGAAACGUGAAUGGGCAGGAACCAAUAACGGUGCGCUGGGGGCGAACGCUACACUAAAGCCCAGGAAGAAGCCUCCUCAGCAGGGAGCAUCGUCUCCAGAGGCCCCAUGCCCCCAGGGACCUCCUGCAUGCCCCCCGGCCCCUCCAUCUAGGGCCUUGCCUGGGGGAGAGAACUUCUAUGAGACCAUAAGCGAUGUGAAACAGGGGGCCAACAGUGCCAGCACCACCACCAUCUUCACCUUCAACGACGGGAUGGAGAUGUAUGUCACUGGCCUGUAGCUGAGAGACACUGGCUCACACACACACACACACACACACACACACACACACACACACACACACACACACACACACACACCCACACACACUGGGCUGGGUUCUGACCUGUUUGGGUUCUUCUGACCCUGUCUACACCUUCUUUACGCUAUGAAAGUGACUGGAAGCAAUGUACAUAGAGCCCCACAGUGGAGGUGUCAUAAUACCCAUAAAACCUAGCGUUCAAACAGGGAAAUGGUUCCAAUCGUUUUUCUCCCAUAAAGUUUUCCCAUAGGAGAUGUUAGAAACACUUAAAAUAAGGGCUUUGUUUCAUGUAGGCUUGCCCUGGCGUGACAUGUAAAUGUUCAUCUCGUACAAGGGGAAUUUUACCAAUAUAUUAGUCUCUAUUUACUCUCAGAUUCUAAAAUGCUAAUUAGCAUUAAAAAACAAAACAAAUCCAUGCAAUCUCCUGCACCAAACCAAAUGUGUGUCAUCUCUAGCUGACACCUUUGCUAACAGGUAUUGAGUCAAUUUAAAUAUUGCACCAGACAGUUCACAGAAUUGUCCAUUUAAAGAAAUUAGCCAAUUUAUUCCAUACUACAUUUAGCUAACAUUAGAUAGUAAAUCCAGAGAUUCUUACCUUUGCCUCAAUUGGGCAGUCUCGUCCACAUCAUCAAUGCCUUUGUAGUUCUUUAUGGUAGCCAAAUUAGCAACUAAUUACAAUUUCAUUUUUGGGGGAGAAAUACAGUUAAAUAUAUGGAUAGAAUUCACCUUGUCCAUAGAGAUUUACACACUUAUCAAAACUUACACGAAACACAGCCCUUAUUUCAAGUAUUUCUAAAAACUCCUAUGGGGAAAUGUAUGGUAGAAAAACAAUUGGAACCAUUCCCCUGUUUGACCUCUAAGUGUUAUGGGUAUUAUGACUCGUACUGUGAUACUCCAUAGCAGGGUUUCCCUAACUCGUUUCUGGAGCCCCCCUGGGUGCACGUUUUGGUUUCUGGGGCCCCCCUGGGUUCACAUUUUGGUUUCUGGGGCCCCCCUGGGUGCACGUUUUGGUUUUUGCCGUUUCACUACACAGCUGAUUCAAAUAACCAACUCAUCAUCAAGCUUUUAUUAUUUGAAUCAGCUGUGUAGUGCUAGGGGAAAUACCAAAGCCCCCAGGGGGGCCCCAGGACCGACUUUUGGAAAACCUGCUCUAUAGCAAUGAGAACAAGUGCUGAAAUCAAGCAGCAAAUGUUAUGCAUUCUAACACCAGGUUUAAACAGUAUCUCAACCCAGGGUCAGGCACCAGACCCAACCAGUGGUGGGCAUGGUACUGACUGGGGAAGCCCAUAUAGGGGUUCCAGGCUAGUUGAACCUUGGAUAGGAGCCCCGGUUCAAGGGUUACAGCUCAAGUCAUUUAUCAGACACUCUUGUACACCGUAGAGCAACUUACAGCAGUGAAUGCAUACAUGUUCUUACUGGUCCCCCAUGGGAAUUGAACCCACAACCAUGGCAUUGCAAACACCAUGCUCUUCCAACUGAGCCACACAGGACAACCUGAGGGGUUCCCUCUCAUUUACACCACUGGACUCAAAGGAACCCAAUCUACCCUACGUCUCUGAGCUUUACCGCAGAGCCAGUCUGGACUGCACCCUCUCAGCCAGACUCAAACAGGUCCCAACCAGACCAGACUGAGCAUCAUGUUAUGAACUGUGUCACUGUUCACCUUACCUUACCAUUUGUGUCACAUUUUACAUAUAGAUUUAUUUUUGUAUAAAUAUGGUACCGUUAAUAAAGCAUGGCUUGUGUACAGAGCGACACACAAUCCCCCAAAAUAACAUGAUAACACACAAUAACAGACACACAUGCACACACACACACCGUACGCAAACAUUGUUGUGUAUGAAAACACACAUUCUCACAAAGAUGACAGAGAGAAGAAGUGUGUAGACUCCAGGAUGUCUUCACUUCUAAGUUCCAACCCCCUGAUGACAUUACCGAGGACGUCACUGGUGGUAAAAAGGGUUUGACUAUAUUACUGAUUUUAACAAGUUUAAAUCCAAGCCUCAGAGACUCAUGGAAGGAUUAAACACAAACACAUACAGACACACACACACACAAGCACACACACAUACACAUACCUUGUGCUGGGAAUUAUGUAAUAGAAGCAGAUGGGAGUCUGGGAGAUUGGCUGUGAUUAGCUCUCCUUAAGCAAACAUAUCAAACAGGUCCUCUCUCUGUUGCCGGGCAGGGCAGAUAUAGUUUGACUUUGAGAAAAAAAUCGGACAUGUAGCCUAGGUCUAUACGGUACGUGGACGUUAACAUGCUCUGACCUGGAGGAGGCGAGCUUGGCUCCAACCCACCACUCUCCUGUACACUUUUUCUCCUUGGUAUUCAAGGUAGAAGUUGCCCCUAACCACAGAUACACACACUGAAGAUGUCUUGUAACUGGAAGGGUCUUUGGAUGAAAGUGUCAUACAACAAUCACUCACUAUACAUCUGAAGUACAUGUAUCAGAGUUAUAUGCUGGGAGAUCUUGACCAACUUUCUGACUCUGAUGUUCAUCUUGUAACGUUGUAUUGAGCUCAGCCGGUUGAUAGGGCAGGGUAAAAUGGCCUUGUUCUUGUUGUCAGUAGUGACACAGUUCAAGUGAAGCAGUGGUCCGCCUCAGGCUGCCUCACACUGUUAAUUCCAUCCAGAACCACUGAGCUUUAACCACAGUGACUGACAAAGAGCAACAACUGACACACUUAUAGUGACAGUUUGACCCGACACCUAAGUCUUCCCUUUUCACAUCUCAAAAGUGGUCUAAUGUCGAGUGGAAUCCAAAUAACACAGGUUCUGUGGUGUAGAGCCUUAUUCUCAAAUGAAUGGGGGUGAUUGGCACCGUCUAAGGAGAAUUUUGGGGUGAGCUGUCAUAAAGAGUACUGAUUUGGCUAUACUUUAGUCAGAUUAAAUUUAUUGUAAGUUGUUAUUCACAUUCUUUGUUUUCAAAACUCCUGGAGCUUAAAAUAAUGUUAUUUGCAUGGCAAAACACACACACACACACACACAGACAUACACAAUCUUGGCAGAGAUACACAGGGCAAAGCCAACGGGUCAGGGACACGGCGUGGGCUGGGUAGAUCUUUCUCUGAAGGAGAAAGGCAACCGAUUUCACAAUCUCUGCCCAGGACCUAUGGGGCGUUGCUAACAUUUUAUUUUAUGGCCAAGGUAAUGGAGUCUUGGAGAGUUGUAAGGCUAUUGGCGGUUUCGUGUAGUUACUGUAGUGAAGGGCGUUUGUGUAGCAGGGCCCUGAUUCGCUUCACAGGCUGAAGUCAAUGCCAGGACUCUACUGCUGCACUCUGGGCCGCAGUCUGUCUGUCGGUUGGAACAGCCAUUGAGGGGUUGGAAUCCAAAGAAAAUAAAGUUGGGCAUAAAAUGACCAGUGAGCGUCUUUUGGAAGCCCCCCCAGCUUGUGCUGAAAGUUCUGUUCUAUUGUAAACAAGCUCCUUCCCAUGUAGCUCUUGGGGGAAAUGUGAUGUAUGAUGAAGAAGAAAAACAGUGACAUUAGGGUUUAAUAAAGGGGUGUUUUCAAGUCAAAAGGUAAAGAGGGACACAAACUGCUCAGGGACAGAGAGGUAUAUGAGGGAUGAAUAACAGCAGUAUGUGUUAGGCCAUCUAACGUUAGGAGAGCGUGUGGAAAAUGUAGUUCUAUAAGAUGUAUAGGUGUGUAUAGGUUUACUAUGAAAUACAUCUCAUGAAAUGCAUUCUGUAUUUUCUUAAUGCACUGUUUAUGUAAAAAAAAAAAAAUGUUUACCUAUUGUGUUUAACUAGCUUAUGCCACUGCCAUGGAGACGCUACUUGUACUGUGUUUAAUGCUGUUGGUGCAAUUUUCCUGCUUGAAACAUAAUGCAUGUUUUUGACCAAAUGAAAAAACAAAAUAUUGUAGUACUUUAUUUAUUUCCUAAUGUUUGUUUUCUGUCUUCCUGUUUUGUCAUGGGAGAAAAAAAAUAACAUUCCAUUUGGGGCUGAGAGAGAGAGAGAGAGAGAGCCAGAGAGAGAGAGAGAGAGAGAGAGACAGAGAGCGAGAGAGAGAGAGAGAGAGAGAGGGAGAGAGAGAGAGAGAGAGAGAGCCAGAGAGAGAGAGAGAGAGAGAGACAGAGAGAGAGACAGAGAGAGAGAGAGAGAGAGAGACCUUCCUCUCUCCAUGCUCCAAAUUAUGAAACUGUCAGGAGGUUGCCAGUAGGAGGGAGGAAGCACACUCUGGUUCUACUCCCUAUAUUAUCCUCUCUCUCUUUUUCCUCUCUUAUCUCCUCUCUCUUUUCUCCUCUCCUCUCUGUGCUGUUAGAGAUGGGCCUUUGAUGUUGCUUCUUCUGAGGGACCAAGGGAGAGAUAUGGGGGUGGAGGGGUAGAGGGACUGCCUGGGGGUCAUGCCGACCCUGCAUGCUUUCAACAUCAAUAGUGCAGUUGUAUUGGUGUAUGUGAUAUGACCAAUGACUAACAGCUGAGAUGAUUUAAGCAGCUUUUGGAACAUAUCUUUUGUCAUCCAGCACUGCCACUGCUAGUCUCCAGAGGAAAUUCACAAACUUUUCAUUCAACCCGUUUAGCACAGACUAAAUUGACAAAGACAGGGACGGACCAGGACCAAAUAAAAGCUAAACGGUACUUUAAAAUAUAUUUUGAAAAUGCAUAUUAUCGCAAAUAAUGUAUUGUGCAUCAAUUUAUUUAUUUUUGCCUCUCAGUUUAGCACAAACAUAUCUGACAAAGACACGCUCACAUGAAUAGCCUACAUUUUGAGGCAAAUGGUAUUAUGUGAAAUAUUGUUGUUUUGAUGUCAUACAGAACUAUUUCACUUGUUAUUGGUUGUAUGCUGAAAGACUUGAUGUUAGUGGAUAUAUUGAUGGUUAUCACAAAUGUUGGGGUUUUACGUUGGAGCAAUGAUGAGCUUGCCUACUUUUCAAGAAUCGCUGAUGUUCAAUUCUCAAUGGCUGACGCUCUCUUUCAACCUAUCUUGUGAAUUGAAAUAAUGAGAAAUAAAGUUGAUUUUGGUUGGUUUCUGUGUAGCAGGUAGAACGUCACAUUGAUGACGCAUGUAGUGGAGCAGAAGUGUUAUCCCCUAUAUUAAUUCUAAUAUUUUCCAAUAAUUGGUUUAUGGGUCUGUGUGAGUGGCAGCGCUGUGGCCUAUGUUGUAUUUUGGUUUUAAGAUGACACAGGGUUUUAACGUGGAAAACAAUAUAAUAUAACAUAAUGUGAAAAUGUGCAAAAGAUUGUAAAUGUUUUAUAAUCAUUCAUAAAAUAUCAGUCUCAAGUUUUUACUUUUGUAAUAAAGUAGCACCUUAAAACGUGUCUGUGUGUGCAUGA